CCUUGACACCCAGAGCCAUAAUGGCAGAGCUGCCUGUGGCAGAGACACCUGGGGACCUUGCUCUGUGUAGUGGGCGCUUUACCAUCAGCACGCUGAGGGGGGCUGAUGAGCCUCCAUCACCAGCUGUCUAUGACAGCAGCCACCCCAGCCACCUGACCCACGGCAGCACGUUAUACAUGCGCACCUUUGGUUACAACACCAUCGAUGUGGUGCCUGCCUAUGAUCACUAUGCUAAUAGUGCCCUUCCUGGUGAGCCCCGAAAGAUGAGGCCCACAUUGGCAGACCUGCAUUCCUUCCUCAAGCAGGAAGGCAGCCACCUGCACACCCUGGCCUUUGACAGCCGGCCCAACCACGAGCUGGCCGAUGGUCUCAUGGAGGAUGAGGCAGGCACCAACCAUGAGAAGAACCCCGGAGAGCCUGUGCGCUUUGGCUGGGUCAAAGGGGUGAUGAUCCGUUGUAUGCUCAACAUCUGGGGCGUGAUCCUCUACCUGCGGCUCCCCUGGAUUACGGCACAGGCCGGCAUUGUGCUGACCUGGGUCAUAAUCCUGCUCUCAGUCAUGGUGACCUCCAUCACGGGCCUGUCCAUCUCAGCCAUCUCCACCAAUGGCAAGGUGAAAUCAGGUGGCACCUACUUCCUCAUCUCUCGGAGUCUGGGCCCUGAGCUAGGAGGCUCCAUUGGCCUCAUUUUCGCCUUUGCCAACGCUGUGGGUGUGGCCAUGCAUACCGUGGGCUUUGCGGAGACUGUGCGGGACCUGCUCCAGGAGCAUGACACACCCAUCGUGGACCCCAUCAAUGACAUCCGCAUUGUCGGUGUGAUCACGGUCACUGUGCUGCUGGGCAUCUCCCUGGCUGGCAUGGAGUGGGAGUCCAAGGCUCAGGUGCUGUUCUUCCUUGUCAUCAUGGUCUCCUUUGCCAACUACUUGGUGGGGACACUGAUCCCCCCAUCUGAAGACAAGGCCUCCAAAGGCUUCUUCAGCUACCAUGGGGACAUUUUUGUGCAGAACCUGGUGCCCAGCUGGCGGGGUGUUGAUGGCAGCUUCUUCGGGAUGUUCUCUAUCUUCUUCCCCUCAGCCACAGGCAUCCUGGCAGGGGCCAACAUCUCCGGGGACCUUAAGGACCCUGCUGUGGCCAUCCCCAAGGGCACACUGAUGGCCAUUUUCUGGACUACUGUCUCCUACCUGGCCAUCUCAGCCACCAUUGGUGAGUGA